CAGUACAUAAUCAAGACAUUCUUAUCUUCCUCCUCUCAAACCAGACACAUUCCUCUCUCUCUCUCUCUCUCUCUCUCUGUGCUCUGCAAGAUUUUGAGUCAGAAGCGGAGAGAUCGAUGAUGGGGAAAAGGAGUAUAUUGCUCUUGUUAGUAAUGGGAUUGUUUGUUUUUAGUGUUGGAGCAGCAUAUCAUCAUCCUCAUGUGAAUUCUAAAGCAAAGCAAUCUACUUUGGAAGUUCAUAAGAAGUUGAAGCUUCUCAAUAAGCCCCGGGUGAAGACUAUUAAGAGUGAAGAUGGAGAUACCAUUGAUUGUGUUGACAUCUACAAACAGCCUGCUUUUGAUCAUCCCGCGUUGCGGAACCACACAAUUCAGAUAACGCCGAAUUUUCGAGAGGCUUCUGCUCCAAGCCCUAGUUCUAGUUCUAGUCCCAGUCCCAGUGCAAGCAAUCAUGUACAAAAUGAUCAUAAUUCUUCUCAGCAAUUAUUAUCUCAAAUUUGGCAGAGGAGUGGUAGUUGUCCAGAUGGAACCAUUCCGAUUAGGAGAAUUCAAAGGCGAGACUUGCUGAGAGCUACUGGACUUGAACACUUUGGGAAGAAACCAGCAAAUUCCUACCACUCAACCAACGAUGAGAAAGGCAGUGUAAUCAUCAAUGGCACCCGAGUCGAACUUGGUCCUCAAGUCAAUCGCUCAGUAAGCAAACGUUAUGUAUUGGACUCAUUAGAUAACCAUUUCAGUUUUUAGUGUUCAAUUUUCAUUGAACAAAAAGCUGAAAACAAUGUCCCAUUGAUAUCUUGUUGAACUUGUGCAAUUAUUGGCCCAAAUUUUAUGUGAACCUGCAGGCUGCUAUCCUUGUAACAGUUGGAUAUAGUUAUAUAGGUGCUCAAGGAGAUAUAAAUAUUAUGUUUGAAUUUUGGUGA